UCUGUUCAUCUCUGCUAUUCCCAAAGAUUAUUUCUGUCAGCUGUCAUCCGUUAAUCCCGCGCUUAUGUGCACUUAAGCGCACUUUGAAGUGUAGUCCAGCAGUCUAAUCGCAAGAUGCUUUAACAUGUUGAGCGUACUUUGACAUCGUUAAUUUAUUUACACGACUUCCCGCCGUGACUUUUGUGAACGGUUCCUUUUUAAGGUGUUUGGUAUUGGGCUCGAAGUGCUUGUCCGAAAGCCAUAUCAAGUACAAAUUUAGAUUCGUUGAAGUGCGAAGUGUUACAAGCAGUGACAAAAUCAGGUUAAUGCUAUCACAAAGCCAAAUUACGUGUUACAGUGACUAGAAUUAUGUUGUAACUGAAUAACAAUUUCGAGUGGUAAUACGCGUUACUUAUAAAAGUAUUUUGUGCGACAUGCUAAUAUGCUUAAUCGAAUAUUGAACAAAAAUGGAAAAUUUAGAGGGAAGUCUGUAUAUCAUUUCGAGGUUAUGGUAUACUGCCUGGACUGCUUUACGGAAGCGUAAUAAUGAUUCAUCGUUAAAAGAGCCCAUUCACGACCCGCAAGAGUUGAUGUUUUUAAUCAAAUCGGCAAUAACUUUGGAGAAUUGGCAGAUCCAAUGGAUUGCCCAAAAUAUAUUGUCAGAUUUGGAAUGUGGAAAGAAUAUUGCAGUUCAAGAAGACCUCAAUUUAUUGGAAAUUCUUAUAGCCAUUCGAGCCAUUGACAACCACAUUCCAGAGGACAUUGAACAAGAAUUACUUGACUUAUACACUGCCACUACCAAUGCGAAACAUGGAAACUAUUUUCAUGUUAAGAAUUUAUCUAAGACAACCUUGACAUUUUUAGAAAGCAAUCUGCAGAUAAACCCUGCAGAUCUUUGCUUUCUGUUUAAUAAGUUAUUGUGCAUUUGGUCGACUGAUUUUCUUAUUACCGACAUUGCCUUACAAAACUCUUAUAUUGAUGCUUUGAAAGGAAUCCUUAAAAGAGGAUGUUUACAACAAGCAUCGCCUAGUAAUUCUUCGAUUAGACCUACAAACCAUUUUCAUAGGAGUAAUUUUAUGAGUACUAGAGAUUGGGGAGUGUUUUUGUGCAUUUUAUCCAGAAUUGAACUAACCGAGUCUAAGGAAAAUGAUCUUUUACAAUGGCUUUAUCCGGAAUUGUUAAAAAUGUGUAGUAAUGAUGACAUUGAGCUCGUACUUUACUCAAGAAAAGAUAGCAAAUUUUUAACAGAGUGGUUUAAGUUCUUAGAUGCCACUUGUGCACGAUACAAGAAUGCUGAUAUAUUGAGCGAAUCACUUAACAUUUUUGAAAUAUUAUUUAUUUUGGAUGACAAUGGGCAUACAUUUGUCAACUUCAAAGAAUUAUUGACUAGGGUUGUCAAGAGGAAAUGUCAUUGGCUGACAGAUGUUGUGAACAUUUGCUUCACAUUGUUGACAAAUGGUCAUUAUGAACUGGUAACUACAAUUUUAUCAUCUUCAUUAUUGGAACAUCUAUGGCCAACUUUAUUAUUUAAGUACAUCAGCGAUUGCCCAAACUCACCUAUUGUGUCAUCUUCCAAAGCAUUAGACAAUGGCAGGGAUAUAUGUAACAAUUUGAAGUUCCUUCUUGAUAAAUGUAACUUUUCUGGAACAAAGGACCACACAUUAAAAAUGUUAAAUAUACUACUAAGAAGUCAUAUAAACGUAGUCGAGUGGAUUUUAAACUGCAAGCAAAUAAAUCUGAAGCAAAAGGACUCUGCCUUGGAAAGCAAUGGCAAUUUGAACAAAGAGGAUUACAAAUUCUCCAUAAAACGAGUUUUUUCUCUUUUGCAUGAUCAUAACAUACUAGCAGUUUUGCAUAUGAUUAUUAAUAUUCAUGAAAUAGAUUACAAUGAGAUUAAACUUUUAUUGAAGGAGUCGUCAGAAACUUUAAACAUCUUCCAAGCAUACCAUAUAAUGUUGCAUGCUUUAAAAAUUAUUUUAUUAUGUGGAUCUUAUAGUUCAAAUUACAAAGAUAUCAUGGAACACCAGUGUAAUGUAAGAUCAUCCUUGCAGUCAUUAUAUCCACUGUCAUUGAGACUCGAGACUAUUGAGAACAUAUUUUCCAUGCUAUUUCUUCGUUAUGAAGAUUUUCACGAAUAUGAUAGCAGCUCCGACGGUGGUGAAGAAGAAGUGAUUAUUUCAUUAGAAGAAAAAUAUUCAGAGAAAGUGAAGACUAAAUUAGAAUGUUAUGAAACAGGCUUUGUCUGUAACACAUAUGCAGUAAGAGAAAUUUUACAUCUCCUAAAAAGGUGUACUGUGGAAACUGGAAUUGAAUGUGCUAAGUUGAAAAAAGAAAAUACCUGUUCGGAUGAAGUAGAUGUAAUUCAGAAAACCAUGUCAUCUAUUACAAAAGCACUUGUGGAUGCAAUGUGGCGUCUAGAAUUAUUUACAUGUUCUAAUUUUAUUCAAAAUGCAGGAACGGUUGAUUAUAAUGAACAAGCUAAAGAAUAUAUAAAAGGUUAUGCAAUGAGAUUCCGUAACGAGAAACUGAACUCUUCACUUCGACCUAAAAGUAAAUCUACUUUUUAUUCACAAUACGAAAGUUCAUCAGAUGAAACCGAAUUAAAGUCUGACGUAGAUGGCAGUUCGGAAACAGGUUCUCCUGGGAAUACAACAGGCAAUAAAAGGCGCAGAAAACGAUCAAGAAAUAUUACGUCAACAUUGGACUCAUGUGUGCUACAUAAUUUCAAGGAGGGAUCAGACAUCAUUAGUUUUAUGCUAGCAUCAAAGAAAAACUUAGUUGCACACUGUUUAUGGAAAGGAAAUUAUGAAAAGGCCCAGCAAGUUGUUGAGAUGUUUAACAUGCGAAAUACGGAUUUGGACGGCGAGAUUCGUUUCUCGAAGACAUUGCAGGAUUUGCGAAAAGAGUUGGAAAAACUAAUUGAUUUCUCAUGCACAAACGACGCACCAAAAGAACAAACAAGUCUCUCAAUGUUGGAGAAUUUAAGACACACAGUGUAUGGGAGCAUUCAAGCGUUUCGCCUUACGAGUUUCCUAGAAACGUUCCUUGCUUCGCAGGAAGUCAAUGUACGAUUAUUAAAUUCUGAAGUUGUUAAUUCUGAGGAUGCAACCAUGACAGUAUUAGAUUUAGCAUUAACAAUGGGUAAAAAUUGGCUAAGCUGUGCCAUUCUCUGUGACGUGGCAAUGAAACAUUUAAAGCUUUGCAAGAAGUUGGAGAAUACUGGUCACUUCACAUAUUUCUCAAAGAUCUAUCGAUUGUUCCAUGAAAGUAAACUGAAAAUGUCCUUAAUGGAUAUAUUGUCGAAUGCGCAGAUACCUCUCUUAAUAAAAGAAUGGAAGAGUGAGAAUAAUUUCUGGUCUGAAUUGACUGAAAGAUUGCAGGGAUAUAGGAAGUCUUGUUCCAUCGAUGACCACACCAUAGGCCAACUUAAAAUCAACAAUCACAUGGCUCAAGAAAGUUUUCAAAAGAUUUUAUCACUCUGUAAUGACGGGGACAAAUAUCUUCAUAAAAUAUAUGCUCACGCAAAGUUACUUUCCACGUUAAUUUGGGAAAAUAAUGAAGAUGAUGGCUUUAUGGAAUUUGAUGUACUGAAAGAAUCUCUUGAUUUUUACCUAGGCCAUCAGAUAUUUGAUCUUAACGUCGAUCCUGAUAAACUAAUACCUAUUGCAAAUACACUUGGAGUAAAUUUAGUAUACAGCGUCCUAAUAAACUGUUGUCCAAAACUUUCUUACAAUAUUGAUUCCAACGUCACUAAUGACAAUAAUAAAUGGGGCUACAUCAUUCUAAAUAAAACCUCGGAGAAAGUGGACUGUUGGAAGUCCUGCGAGCAGGAUCCAAAUAAAUGUGUAGUGGAUCUCUUAUCAGAAAUUUUACAAGUUUUUCGUCGUUUACAUCCUGGAAAAUCGAGAUUAACUUUCAACCAAUUAAAGAGUGUAUCAAAGCAUACGGAGGUUCAAUCAGUUCUAACGAAGACAUCAUGUUUGGCAACGUUAGAUCUCAGUGAUUUAUCAGUGGGCAAUGAAACCUUAGCAUUUUUCUUGAACAUUUGGAAUCUUCUUUUUCUGCAUACAAUUCUGGUCGUGUGGUCUCAAGAUCCUCCGUUUAAUAAAUUGAGGCAUACGGUUUCAUUGAUGGCAACAGGUUACGAAAUCGGUGACCUGGGCUUAGUGACUCUAGCAACACUUAGACUUAAACUUCUUGGCAGUUUAGCAUGGAACUUUGAAUUCUUUACACAAAUGGAAGAUCUGAACGAAGUGGCUUGGCAAGACUUAGACUUGACUCAAGAUCCAAAGACCAUUUUCACAAUGGCCAAUGAAUUUUAUGGAACACCUAGAAUUCAAAUUUAUUAUUCGGAUACUUUAGACCGAGAUUUAAAUGAAGCAGCUAAAGAAUACAUCAAACACUUUGUUUCGAUGUCUAAUAUAAAUUAUACUAACAACUUACACGAAGAAAAUGUUAUCUGGCUUCCUGAAUUAAUGCAACGUUAUCAGAACUCUGCUUUGCAGCAUUUAAAUCUGAAAACUGACAUGGAUGAUACUAGUGAACUUCAAGAUGAAUUUCUAUUAAAUAAUUGGUCAAAAUUGUCAGAAAAAAAUUCAGUAUUAAAAUUUAUGCCAUUAAAGUACGUGUAUGAAAUUAAAUUAUUGUACUCCGAUGAUGACCUACAGUCAGAGAAUUUCAUUAAUCAAGUGGAUACAAAGUCUGACACAGUGAAUUGGAAAAGUAGAGAAAUCAGACCUACUUUGCUGCAUUAUUUAGAUGGUCAUUGCUGGCUUCUCCCCUAUCUUGUUCAAAGAAUCCAUGAAGAAAGUCCUACGAUUUGGAAGACCAACUGUGAUAAUUUAAAGCGCACAUCUUGCUUGGAAAACCUCAUCAAUUCACCAUGGGCUAAGACUUUGAAAAGUCUGUUUUAUGAUAAUCAGACCCUAUCUGGAAUUCAAGAUGAAGUAGUAAUGAACAGUUUGUGGAACUAUUUGGAAACAGCAGUAUCGAAAAAUAAUUGGCAAACUUGUCUGGAAAUAAUCAAUGCGCUGCCAGAUCGAUUUUUAUUAAAGAACGUUGAGAUCCAAUGCUUCAGAGACAAAGUUCUUAGUCGACUUAUUUCUGAUCAAAUGGAUUCCACCAACUCGCAAGUAUUGUCCUAUAUUCAUCAAAUCAAGAGCAUUCAAAUAUUGGCUCAAACGAUUUUAUUAAAUAUAAAGGAAUGGCCUGUAAGAGUGUGCGAGGAUGCACUGCUUUAUGCAUUACAUCACGUCGAUAAAGAUAAAUUGCCCCAUCACUGUAAACUUGAGAUGAACGAAAUUUUAUGUAGAGUAACCGUAUAUCGUAAAAUGCUUCCAUAUUGUACCGCUGGAGAAGAUGGUACUUGGUAUGACGUUGUUUACUGCACCGAUAAAACCGAUCCAGUGCACGUAGUGAAAUCUUUAAUCGAUGCUAAUAAAUUUGAAUUGUGUUUGGAGUGGUUGGAGUAUCAAGCAUUUUCCCCCGAGAUACAAUCUCUGGUGACGCAGGAUUUACUUAUCGGCCUGUUAAAAAAUGACCAUCACGAUUUCAAACAAGCAUCGAAGUUACUACAAGCACUUCCUAUAAACCAUUCCAUUAAAAUGUGCAAAGGGGUCCUAGGAAAGCUGGAAUCGAUUCACGCAUUACAAUUUGUUAACAAAUAUUUGCUCGAGCAUUGUAGCUCUUCGGAAAGUCCAAAGUAUCGAAGAUCCUUGACGGGGAUCAAUAUACUAAGUAAUAUGGAGAGUAAAGAAAGAUCGUUCUAUGUUCACCUGAUAGAGGAGCCGCUGCUAAUGUUGGAGCAACUCCUCAUGAAUUGUAAAUUUGAGAACCUCCAGAAGAUACUGAAUAAAGUACAAGAGAGCUUGAAACGAGCAGAGAUUCCGAUCGAAGAGUUCGAUGCAAUCGUAAGAUUCUACGCCGGAAAGUCUCUGGAUUUUCGAGUGGCGAUCCAGAGGGAAGGUAUCGAAAAUAAAUCGAAGGAAAUAUCGAGAUCUUUUAGCGAGACGGAUGCCACCGAAUUCGUAAUGCCUCUAAAUAUCCCCACAAAGGAGGAGUGGGUGCCAAAUGACAAGGCCAGGGAGUGCAGUUGCUGCAGGGCUGUAAUAUUCUCGAUGUUCAACAGGCGUCACCAUUGCCGCAGAUGCGGCCGCGUGGUGUGCGCCGUGUGCUCACAGCAACGCAUGCGAGUACCCGGGUACCCUAACUCGGUACUCGUACGCGUAUGCGACGAUUGUAAACGCCAAACGAGCUCGCAACUGAGAUCGGCCCAAGGGGCGCCUUCCGUGCCCGGCAGCGAGGUCUUCGACUGCUGGCGACUGACCCUCGACCAAAGUCACGAUCGCUCGGUCAGGGAGGAGUUCUCCUUCGAGCACGCCCCUAAUGUCUCGCUGUGCUUGGCCAUACUUAAUUUGCAUUCCGACCAUAAAGCCUACGCCAGCUUCCUUUUGGACAGGUGCGACGAGAUGAAGCAACUGCUGCAGCCAGUCGGCGGGAAGGUCAACCCCGAAGUGGACCAUUCGUUGAUUAUUAAGAUGAUAAAGUCCCUGCUCGUGGCUGCAAAAGUGAAGUGCGCUAAACUGGGCCUCAAUGCAGGGCUUGCUCAUUGCGAUCGGUUCCUUUCGCAAGUGGAUCUGAUCACCACGCUUGUGCAGUUGGACUGUUUAGCUCUAUUACCGUCCGGAGAUUUGGACGAGCACGCCUUGAGAAGGCUCAGAGAUUUGUUGACGGAGAAGGAGCAGUGGACCCUGGCGUUGGACGUGAGCACGAAGUCGGGAUUGGAAACCCAAGGAGUAUGGGCUGCGUGGGGCAAGUCGUGUCUGAAAGUCGGCUUGUUCUCCCAGGCCAGAGAAAAAUUCAUGCAUUGUUUGGAUAAGGUUCUUUACGAGGAUCUGGACGACUGGGUUCUGGUGUCCCAUUCGACCGAAACAGCCAUGGGAUUAUCUAGAAGAGACUCUAAAGGAGAGUCCACAGCCUCUGGUUCGGCUGGCCCAAAAAGGCACGAAGUUCUGAAGAGCCGCCCUAUUAAGGAUCCGCCUCUGCUUCUGGAGAUCCUGCAAAUCCUGGAGAAUUCUCAUGUAAAUAAUCAGUCACUGACGCAUACUACGCAAAACAAAACUGCGGGCGCACAGGAUGUUCUGAAUGCUCUGAACAGUUUGAAGGCCAUUAGUCAAGGACAAUGUAUCGUCCCAAGCUUAAGCUGGAACGCCUCGAAUCCAUAUUAUCAAGAGAGCUUGCAUUAUUUGGUCAUGUACGGAAGCAGUUGCUCCAUUUUGGAAUUCUUUGUCAAGUACGGAGAGAUUGACAAGUGUCUUUCUUACGUUCUUGAACACGAAGUCGAUCCUGAAUUGUUCUUUCAUGGAGUCUAUCUGCGGUGUCUGAAAAAUGGUACCAUUGAGGUACUUAAGGAGGCGAUGUUAGCUAGGGACUUCAGUUUGUUGACAUGGAAGAAGUACUUGGUGACAGUUUGCCAUAAUUUGGAGAGGAAACAAUUCCUUGAGACUUUGUAUCAACUCCAGAUCUUUAUGAAGGAUUAUGUGAGGGCAUCCAUGACGUGCAUUCGAUUUUAUACGAAUGAUAUGAGUAGUUACAUGGAUCUAAGCACGAGGACCCAUCUUCUGGUUGAUGCUCAGAAACAUUUGGAGAGUGAGUUGCAGGUGAAAACCUUUACAAAGAAACGAAGAAAAAGUAACGCCUCCAUUCAGAGUGGUCAUGGAUGUCUGAAGAUGGAAAUGGAGCCUUCGGAAAUUGACAGGCACAUUAAUACGAUAUGCAGACAAAUGGAAAUUGUCAAGUUUUUGGGUAAUGCUGAAAAGGAGGGCAGGAUGACUGGUCAAUUCUUGAAUCAUCUUUCCGAUCUGAGCAGUGACAGUUCUUAUGCACGCGAAUUACCUACUCUAUUUGGAAAUCAACAGCAAAAGACUCACUUAGCCGUUUUGGCGAUUCUAUGCGGCCGUGAUGUUGAAGAAGGCUUUGGAAUGGCCUUUAGAAUAUUACAAGAUUACAAUCUUCGUCCAGAAAAGGUCUAUUCCUUAGCUGGUCAUGUUUUGGCAUUGGAAAGGAAAGUUAAUUCCAUAGAGCAAUUAAUAAAAUGUUGUAGAAGCUCGGGUGCAGCAGAUUCUCUCGCGAUAUCCGACAAUGUUUUAGCACACUGCGUGAAACUCCUACUCAGUCGUUCCCAUGUUGAAACAGUCUCGAACGCGAAAGGUCAAGUGGACACGCUUAUUAGACUCAUUUCAGACGCAGAAAUCAAGAUAAAUUCGUACAUUGAAAGCAAGCAAUUAAAGGCGGCAUACUUGCUCGCAGUUAAAAAUUCCAGUCAGCAAGAUAUACGAAAAAUCUUGAAGUAUGCCGACAGGCUGGGCCAACACGCAAUUAAGGCUAUAUGCAUUAAAUGGCUUCAGCAAGCGGAGAAAACAUGAAGGAUGUAGAGAUAUUGAAAUAAUGGAAGUACGUUUUUGUUAUAUCAUUUAAUCGGUACGGAUUAGAGAUUGUCGUGCGUGUAUAAUGAUUACUCUCAGAUUAAUUUAUUCAUAAUUUACAGAAAAUUACAUAGUAUAAAUACGUUUAAGUGUGAUAUAAUUAUGCAGGCUGCCUUUUAAAACACCAUGAUGUAUAAUUCCUUCUCGCGCGAAUUCCAUUUAAAUAAUAAUUAACAUUAUAUUGUCCAUA